CAAUUAGCAUAGAGACAGAGUCGACAAACGACAGUUUGAGACGGCGAUGAGUAAAUUUUUCAAUUGUUUUAUUAAAUUUUGCCUCUUCUUUCACAAUAUGUUAUAAAUGGGCGAACGAAACUUCUAUACAACAUAUUAAAUAGUUGUGUGUUCAGCGGAUCAGCGAGACAAAGUGACGGAAUAAAUAAAACGUGCGGUGAGGUUCUGAGAUGGAGGAUAACUCGGAUGUUAAUAGGGAGACUGAUGUGUCCUCGACGACAGCAGAUGUCCCAGAGUCUGAGGAAGCUACUCGAACAAAGGGUAAUGUUGAGAUGGUAAUAGUUGUGGAGAAAAUGGAGAUAGACUCAAGCAGUGAGGAGUCAGAAAGUCCGCCGAUAGCGGCUACAGAAAACGAGAACGGACUCCAUAUAGUUUCAAAAGAAUUUCCUAAGAAAGAUGGUUCACCAUUAAAGUCCAAGGAAUCCUCUAAAAUGAAGCCUACUCCAGAAAAAGGUACUAUAUCACCCAUAAAAUUUGUACAUUCAUCAAAGGUUGUGAUCACACCUUCUAAAAUAGAAGACAUUAAGCAAUCUCUAACAACUUUAGAAGCUCAACAUAAUAAUUUAGAAAAUUCAGAUAAUACUGUUGAUUCUUUUCACAAGGCAUUAACUUCAAGCCAAGAAAAUGUGAAUGAUGAUGAUGAUGAGAUUGAAUCAUUAGAUUGUUCAGAUGGGGUUCCAGAAUUAACAUUGAGACAAAGUCCACAAAAAUUGGUGUCCUUACCCAGUCAGAAUUCGCUAUCACAGGAAUUUCUGCCAGAAACAACUCCGGAAGAUACCUUGGACAAAGUGUUGCCACAAACUACACAAAAUCUAUCCCCUGUUGAUUCUGUUCCUGAAACAACACAGUCUACUGAACCUGUGUCAGAAACAGCUCAACCUGCACCAAUAGAACAGUUAGAAAAUGGGGACAGCCAGAAGUUUGAUGAAUCAUGUAAAGCAUCAUUAGAUAGUCCUUGUGAUAAAUCAAAUGAUUCUCAGCUUGAAACUGGCUCUGAUGUAAGUGAAAAGGAGCACAAUAAAAGCAUAAGUCGAGAGCUUAAGUCCCUCAUUAAGUCUGCCAAAGAAUCUAAGAUAAUUAGUGAAUGUACGCAAUUGACAAGCAAAACAAGAAAGUCCAGGACAUGUUUAGACAAUUCAAAUUCUAAUUUGAAUACUUCUCUCGAGGCAGAGAAGAUAGGUAGUGUUAGGCGUAAUAGUAAUAUGUCUUCUAAGAGCAAUUGUAGCGAAAAGUCAGAAAAAGCUACAAAACGUUCAAUGAGGUCACAGAACCCAGAGUUUGUGAAUAAGGUUAAACUGUUCCUUAACUCCGUCACUGGAAAAUAUCCUCGUGAGUCUGAUGAUGAACAGGAACUGGAAUCGAAGAAGGAGAGUGAGACCUCACCUAAGAAGAAAAAGUUGGGUGAAGUACCACAAUUAUCACCAGCAGGAGAGAAAAAGUUAAGAGUAGACCCUUACUGUUGGAGGUGCAAUUGGCCAGUUGAACAAGGUAGCAAUGAGAAAGGUCAUCCUCCUAUGCAAUGCACAGUGUGUCCGCGGAGCUAUCACUACAAAUGUCUAUCUACUACUGAAAGAAGUAAGAUAGAUGCUGAACGGAGCUGGGUCUGUCCUGAAUGCUUGAGCAUUUUGCAUGCUGAGAGCUCAGAUACAAGAUCAUUAUCCAUGAAGAAAAUCUCUCUGGGGCUUCUUUGUGAGUUACUGCAGCAUGCAUUGGCGAGAAUGAUGGAUCUCAAUGGGGUGGAACCCUUCAUGCAGCCCGUGGAUCGGACUGCAUUUCCAGAUUACGAUAAAUAUGUCGUCCAUCCAAUGGAUUUGUCGCUAAUGAAACAAAACAUUACUAAUGGUUUAUACGGAAGCACUGAAGCUUUCAUGGCGGACGCUCAAUGGAUAUUGCAUAACAGUAUUAUAUUUAACACAUGUUUGAACAUUUCAGUGCAGUCGAAGUUGACGGGCGCGGCGCGUGCGCUGGUGCGCCUGUGUCGCGCCGAGAUGGGCGAGAUCGAAGCAUGCCCGGAGUGCUACGCGGCUGCGCAUGCGCGGAAGCCCACGUGGUUCACCGAUGUGUGCUCCACGCCGCAUGUGCUGCUGUGGGCUAAGCUUAAAGGUUUUCCCUACUGGCCGGCGAAAGGCAUGUCAAUAAACAACGCUGGUUUAGUUGAUGUAAGAUUCUUUGGCGCACACGACCGCGCCUGGGUGCCGGCUAAAGAUUGUUUCUUGUACUCUGAAAAGGAUCCUAACAAUUUCCGAACGAAGAGACAAGAUAUAUUGGAUAGUAUGCAGGAGGCAGAACAGCACAUACGCAGUAUAUCAAGAAAAUAUGGAAAAUUCAUAUAUCCACCAUUCAAGACUCCAUUCGAGCCGAGCAAGCUGCCUGAGCAAUUAAAGAUGAUGAUACCAAGUUUUGAAGGUGAAAUAAAGGUUCCAUCCAAAGAGAAAGGUUCAACAUCUUCACCUAAAAUAAAGGAGAAACGCCGGUCGAACUCCAAAAGUUCGAAGAGUUCUGUUAUAGACGGCGAAACAAGUGAAAAUGAAGAAACACAAACACGAAAAAUGGCCGAUGGCGCUGAAAUUGAAAAAGAUGAAGAUUUCAAGCUACAGAUAGAAUCAGAUAAAUCAAUGGAAAACGAUGAAACUGAAAUAAUAAGUACAACAAGGAAACGGCGCAGGUCUGAUCUAGAAGAGGCCGUUAUUACAAUAAUUGAUAGCAGUUCGACAGAUAAACAAAUAGAUAGUGGUGCAAGUACUCCAAAACGAAGUAAAGUGAAUGGAGAAGUUAAUACUAAAACUACCGAUGUCGUUCCUGGAGAAACUUCAAGUAUUGAAAAGGCUGAAGAAAAUGGUCAAGACGAAAAGGGUGAGGCUCCUGUUGAGGACAAGAUUGAGAAAACAAGUAUAGACUCCGUGCAAUAUAAUGAAGUGCUACCAAGUAGUACCACAGAAAAGCCAGUAAAAGAGAAAUCCCCUGUCAUUAGUACACCUAUUGCUAAUUCUACCCCUAAAAGAAGUAGUCUGAAGGAUAAAUCAGAAAAGCCAUCGCCCAAGCCAAGAGCAUCCCGGGUUGAAAAGUCCAGUUCCAGUGACAAAGAGAAGCAGGAAGAAAGGAUAAAACAUAAAAUAAGAGUAUCUAGAAAUAAAUCGCUCAACAAUAGCAAAUCGGAACCGAAUGCCAGUAAGGUGACAAAUAAAGAUGCCAACUCCAAUAAAAAUAAGGAUAAAAAGGAUAAGAAUUCAGAUACACAAAAAGAUAAAAAUACUCCGAAACAAGAUACGCCAAAAUCUACAAAAGAUCGCUUGCAGUUCGACGACGAUACUUCGUUAGCAGUGAUAGCUCGAGAUUCCCCAAAAGACACGAACGGGACAGGCAUGCCCACAAUCACUAGUGUUAGAAGUCUCUCAACUAACCAGCAAGAUGGAUUCGCAAAUAACUCGAAUGCUAAAACUAUUGAAGUGACGAUCGAACCCAACUCCACAGCUAGCAUUUUCAUACCGACUAGUACAGAUAAUGUGCGUAAUAUGAAAGAGGCGGCAAACAAAUUACAAAAACUAAGGGACGGUUCAGACGUGCCGGUUGGUCGCGUCGGCGUCAGAGCGUUUGCACGUAUGAUGUCACCGGAAGCGCAACCGAAACCCACGAACAGCAUGGAAAUUGAAAUCAAAACGGAACCACUGGACGUUGACGACGCUGACAGGCAAACUGAAAAAAUGGAUCUCAUGGAAGCGUGCAAUUUGCGGCCGGUCAAUCCUCCCGUGAACAGGUUGCGCGAAGUGCGAAUAAACAAAGUGAUUGUGUCGCCGUUGUCAAGGAAAACGGCAUCAAAACCUACCGAGAUUCGCGUAAAGGCAAAGAAAACGUUCCCACAACCGAAAAAGCCGGAUGAAGGGCGUUCGGAGUUGAAUUCUAAGAACUCUAUGGUUUAUAUUCCCAUUCAGCCGGCGACCACACAGGCACCGGUGCGGCCCACGAGGCCAGUUAUCGUUAAUGGGCCUACAAUACAUGCUCGAUCUCAAGCUUCUGUCUCGAGUGUCGCCAGCAGUACCAUAAACACAGUGUCGUCAGCGCUCGUCUCUUCCGCAAUCGGCUCUAUGGUCAGCCUCACGAGCAACACAACAACCACAACAGUUAUAGCCAGUUCGAAUACACCCAAAAUGACACAAUUGCCCACAAUACAGUCGCUGGGCUCAAUACCAGCAAUUGGACAAGUGCCUACCAAUGUGCAUACAGUGCCUUUGAUUACGUCUUUGAAUGGACAGUGGACGUUUAGUUUGCAACCAAUGAUGUCUGUUGGUAGUGUAGAUAGCUCGUCAAAUACUGCAAUUGUUAACGGUAUAGGAGACAGGACUACUGCAGGCACGCUGGUUGCCGUGCCCACUCCGGCGAGCGUCGCUUCAAUACUCCCACAACUUAACUCUGCUAACAAUAGGACGGAUGAUGCUGUUACUGAGUUACCUCGACUACAACAGAGGCCGCUACUGAACCCGUUCGACUCAGCGACUCCAAUAGGAAGUGUACCGCCCCCGUCCACAGCUGGGCCUCUUACUGCCAAACUCAACCAAAAUGCCGUUAAGCUGACGGAUUUCUUCCGAACACUUCUAGAAGAUUCCUUGGAUAAAAUCAACGAGCCGGCGGCUGUCGUGACGUCACUCAAGUUGCAGCUGGAGCAAUUGCAGUGGAAGCACAAGCAAGAGAUCGAUGAAUUAAAACACAAUUAUGAGCUGUCGCUAGUUGAGAUGCGAGCGUCAUUCGACAAGGAGAAAGCUCGCGUUGUGAGCGAAGCGCGGAGAAACGCUCAGGUUGAACUCGAGGCAGCUGUCAAAGCGACCAAGACGAAACAAUGGUGCGCGAACUGCAUGCAAGAGUCGCAGUACUACUGCUGUUGGAACACGUCGUACUGCGACUACGGGUGCCAGCGCGCGCACUGGCCGCACCACGCCGCGCUCUGCACGCAACCCAAGAGCCAGGAUAACGGUGGACAGGACAGCAACUCAAAAGACAUUCACAAGAGACUGCAACCUGCUCCUGAUCUACCAGCAUUGCAGAAGAACGCGCCAAUCCCAUCACUGACUGUGGGCGGGAAGGUCGCGACGCGUGUGUUCACCACUGAGCAGAUGCACCAGAAGACCUCUCUCAUAGGUACACGAAUGAGCGUGAUGGAAGAUGGUAGCGGUAAUCAAACGAUGAAGUGCGUGGGCACUUACAAAGCUCCCAAUCCGCCGAAUAUAUCGCCUCUAAUUAUUAAUAAACAAAUAAUGAACAACGAAGAGGCAGGCGCGAAGAAAGUGACCACCUCCGGCGGUUACUUGAUAGUUGGCAGCGCCAACGCAGUGAACUCACCGCGGCGACCGCACGCAAUCCAAUACGUGCAUACGUAGGACCGGCCAACGCCCACGUGUAACUUGCAAUUUGUGCAGUUGAGACUUGUGGACAGUGAUAGAUGUGACCUAAAAGUGAUGGGGGAAAGUUCUACCUGUGUUAUGAAAAGUGGUGAUAAGAAAAAAAAAGUCAAAAUAUGUCAUAAUGUAAAAAGGACAAAUGAAAAGUGGGUAAUCCAAUCCUCUCAAAAUUUGAAAUGGUAGAAGAUUUUAUAUAAACUACAAAAAAAAGAUUUGUUGAUAAUAACCAAUUGCUCAUACAAGUGGGCAGUGAAAACUUUUAUAAAUCAUAAUAUGGUAAACAAUCAUUGUGAUUAUAGAAACAUUGACAUGGAGUUAGGUGUAAGACAGACACAAACAUAGUAUAUGGUUUUACAAUGAUGUAUAAAAAUAUUCAAAUACUAAAUUGUAUCACACUACAAAAUACAAUAUUGUAUUACUUAUUUCUGGCAUCAUAUCGGUCAAUAGAUCAGAAGUUGAAAUUUGCAAGUUCCACAAAAAAUUAUUCAAGUGUACUUUAGCAAUAAUUACUAAGUUGUUUCUUUACUACUCCGCAGUGCAGUUAGUGUACAUAUAUUCUAUUUUCCUUGUAUAUGUAUGUAAAAACUAUUGGCACUCAUACAAUAUGUAUUUUUUUUACCUUAAUCAAACCAGUAAAAUACUGUGCUAUAGCAUUUUUGUUGUAACAUUAAUGAUGUCGAAAUUGUGAUAUUUAUUAAGAUAAAAUUAUGGCUUUUAAAUUAUCACGAAAAACAAAGAUAUUUAUUUAACGUAUGCGAAUAAUGCGAAUAAUCAACCUUAAUCGUAUACAAAUAGAUGACAGUCGUAAAAUUAACAUUUUAGGCCAUUAUUUGUAUUUUUGUACAUAUUGAAUUCCAUUAUGUGACAAGUUGUACUAUAAUUUCAUUGGAAGCUUGAUAUCAUAGAAUAUUGUAUUUUAAUUUUUGAUUAAUUGGCUAGAAAAUACACAUGUAAAAAUCAUAGCAAAAUAUUUCAUGCACAUAAAGUUUCUCUAAUAAUUUGUUGAUAAUAGCUCCAAGACUGGUAAUUUUAAGUUCACUGCAUUGCAUUUGUAUGUAAAUAUAUGAGCAAUUUUUUUAGGAAUAAAACUAAACAUUAUUAUGAAAAGCUAAAUAAUGAUUGAUAUUUAAAUUUUGUACAAAAUUUAUACACAGUGCAGUUUACUGAUUUGUUUUUUUGCCUUGAGAUUCAGUUAUUAGGUAGAAGUUUUACCCUAUUACUGAAGUGUGAGAACAUACUAAUGUUUUAAAUAUGUGGUCGAAAUGUCAAAUACUGAUAAUAAUAAGUAGAUAGUUGUCUAAAAUUAGUUCUCAAUAGAGAUGAUAUUGUAAUAUGUAAAUAUAAAUAUUUUUAAAAGAUGAAACUUUUCUGUCACUAUGUUAAGGCAUUAACUAGAAUUUUAGCGUAAGGCAUUGGUAAACUGAUAAACAGAUAGUUUUUGAAUUGAUGAAAAAUGGUAAAAUAGCAUAUUUUUUGCAAUAUAAUUAAUAGAUGUACACAUGGUACAAUUUUUAUUUAAUGCAUGUGGAUUACAUAUUCACAUAACAUACUUCUCUCUGGCAUCUGGUUGAUGCUUAUGCAAUAUGUUUUAAUUUUGAAUAAACAUUAUUGUCUGAAGUAAAA